AGGGUCCAUAUUGUCACAUUUUAGUGGACACCCCAAAAAUGGUUGCUUUCCACAAAACCACUACUCUCUCUCACUCUCUCUCAUAAUCAUCAUUUAUUUGGCUCUUUUUCUGCCACUAUGUUUUCUCAUUGCAGCCAUCUCUUUUUUUGUUGUUAAAUAACAACCUCAUUGAAUCUUAAACACAUGACACCUAAACCAUGAUUCUCACUCUUCAUAUUUUCCAUAUAAAGAUUUCAUUUUUAACUUAAAAUCAAAUUUUUCAUUCUCAAAGUUUUGAAAAAUUACAAAUUUGUCUAUACCCUUUUCUUUAUUUAUAGAAUCUUGUUCUAGCUUUCUUAUAAACACCAAAAAAGAUUGAAACUUUGUUAACAAUGUCUUCUUCUGGUUAUCCUAUGAACAAUACCUUGUUUUAUCUGUUUCUUUGUGUUCUUAUUGCAAAAGUUAGCUUUUGCUUUUCUACCAAGAAUUUUUGAUUGCAUAUCAGGUUUAUGUUGUGUACAUGGGAAGUAAAAGUGGGGAACACCCUCAUGAAAUUUUGAAGGAAAAUCAUCAAAUUCUUGCUUCUGUUCAUAGUGGAAGCAUUGAAGAAGCACAAGCUUCUCAUGUUUAUAGCUAUAGACAUGGUUUCAGAGGCUUUGCAGCUAAGCUCACUGAUGAACAAGCUUCCCUAAUUUCUAAAAUGGAAGGAGUGGUUUCUGUUUUUCCCAAUUCUAAAAGAAAGCUGCACACAACUCAUUCAUGGGAUUUCAUGGGACUUUUGGAUGACCAAACCAUGGAGACUCUUGGCUACUCUAUUAAGAACCAAGAAAAUAUCAUCAUUGGUUUCAUUGAUACUGGAAUUUGGCCAGAAUCUCCAAGCUUCAGUGACACAAACAUGCCUGCAGUGCCAGCAGGGUGGAAGGGUAAAUGUCAAUCAGGAGAAACAUUCAAUGCCUCAACUUGCAACAGGAAAGUGAUAGGAGCAAGAUACUAUAUGAAAGGAUAUGAAGCAGAAGAAGAGUCAAAUGCAAAAGUGUCAUUCAAAUCAGCUAGGGACAGCACUGGUCAUGGUAGCCAUACAGCUUCUAUAGCUGCAGGUAGAUAUGUAGAAAACAUGAAUUAUAAAGGACUAGGAAGUGGAGGAGCAAGAGGAGGUGCACCUAUGGCUAGAAUUGCUGUGUACAAAACAUGUUGGGAUUCAGGUUGCUAUGAUGUGGACUUGUUAGCUGCAUUUGAUGAUGCUAUAAGAGAUGGAGUUCACAUUUUGUCACUAUCUCUUGGUGCUCAAUCACCACAAGGAGAUUAUUUCAAUGAUGCAAUAUCUAUAGGGUCAUUUCAUGCGGCAAAUCGCGGAGUGCUUGUUGUUGCAUCAGCUGGAAAUGAAGGGCAUUCUGGUUCUGCUACUAACCUUGCACCUUGGAUGCUUACUGUUGCUGCUAGCUCAACUGAUAGAGAUUUCACUUCUGAUAUCAUGUUAGGAAAUGGCGCUAAAAUCGCGGGUGAAAGUCUGAGUCUCUUUGAAAUGAAUGCCUCCUCAAGGAUAAUUUCUGCUUCUGAAGCAUUUGCAGGAUACUUCACUCCUUAUCAAUCCAGUUAUUGUUUAGAGAGUUCUUUGAAUAAAACAAAGACCACAGGCAAGAUUCUGGUUUGUAGACAUGUAGAGAGUUCAACAGAAUCAAAGGUGGCAAAGAGUAAGGUAGUGAAAGAUGCAGGUGGAGUUGGAAUGGUACUUAUUGAUGAGACAGAUCAAGAUGUUGCCAUUCCAUUUUUGAUCCCUUCAGCUAUUGUUGGAAUGAAAACAGGAGAAAAGAUUCUAUCCUAUCUCAAGACUACAAGUAAGCCUAGGUCAAGAAUAUUAGGAGCAAAGACAGUAAUAGGAUCUCAGCCUGCACCACGUGUAGCAGCAUUUUCUUCUAGAGGUCCUAAUGCUUUAAACCCUGAAAUUUUGAAGCCUGAUGUGACAGCUCCAGGACUAAAUAUUCUUGCAGCAUGGUCUCCAGCAGCUGGAAACAUGUUCAACAUUCUCUCAGGAACUUCUAUGGCUUGUCCUCAUGUAACUGGAAUUGCAACUUUAGUUAAAGCUGUUCAUCCUUCAUGGUCUCCAUCUGCUAUCAAAUCUGCCAUCAUGACAACUGCUACAAUACUAGAUAAGCACCACAGACCGAUCAGCAUAGAUCCUGAACGAAAAAGGGCUAAUGCAUUCGAUUACGGAUCAGGGUUUUUAAACCCUGCAAGAGUUCUUGAACCCGGUCUCAUCUAUGAUUCUGAGCCAAUAGAUUUCAUUACAUUCCUAUGUUCACUUGGUUAUGAUCAAAGAUCAAUCCAUCUUGUUACUAGAGACAACAGCACAUGCAAAAGCGCAUUCACAACUGCAUCAAACCUAAACUAUCCAUCCAUUGCAGUUCCUAAUCUCAAAGACCACUUUUCAGUUACAAGGGUUGUGACUAAUGUUGGAAAACCACAAAGUAUAUAUAAAGCUGUAGUUUCUUCUCCACAUGGUGUUAAUGUUACUGUUACGCCGAACCAGUUAGUUUUUGCAAGAAUUGGACAGAAAAUCAAGUUCACUGUGAAUUUCAAAGCAACUUCUUUUUCAAAAAAAGGAUACAAAUUUGGAUUCUUGUCAUGGACAAAUAAAAGGUUACAAGUAACUAGUCCUUUGGUUGUUAAAGUUGCACCAGGAAAACAUGGGUUGGUUAGAUAAACAAUGUUUGUAAAUAUCAAUAUUUUAGAUUUAGAGCUUUUUGAGCAUCGUAUAGUUACUAGAACAGUCACAAACUAUGCUGCAUACUGAAAAACUUCGAUGCAAAUUAGAUUAUCAGUGCCAAAAUUGUGUUUAGUUAUAUGCUUGGAGGACAACAAACAAUAAGCUAAAAUAGAUUCCAAAGAAAUUAUGAUAUAUAUUUAUUUAGAUCAUGAAAUGAAGUUACUUUGAAAUU